AUGUCGUUAUCAAGAACGACACCAGAUGAUGAUGAUGUCAUUAGCAGCAUGCCAGAGAAUGUGGUAUCUAAUAUUCUUGAUCGUUUGCCUAUCCAAGAUGCGGUGGGGACAAGUAUCUUGUCAAAAACUUGGAGGUUUAAGUGGACUUUGCUCACCCAACUUAUAUUUGAUUAUGAGAAGGAUUAUGAUGAGGGGGAUAUAAACAGACUUCUCCUUCAACUUAAAGGUCCCAUCACAAACUUUGACCUCUGUAUACCAGAUGACACGGUAUUGGAUGUUAAGAGUAUAAAUCAUUGGGUUAUGUUUUUGUCCGGGAAAGGGAUUCAGGAGUUCACUCUUACUAAUAACCACGAAACAUCACUUAGGUUGCCUACCCAUCUUUUCUCUUGUAUGGAAUUGAAACAUUUGACGCUUAGUAAUUGCUGUUUUAGGAUUACACCAAGUUUUUGUGGUUUUCCAAAUCUGUUGACCUUACACUUCUUUCAAAUAACUUUUGAAAGCGGUAAUUGUGGUCAACUUAUCACUCAGUGCCCGCUACUAGAAAAUCUGGAAAUUAGUUAUCGUCAUGAUCUUUCUAGAAAACUAAAAUUAGCUGAGAUUGCAAAACUAAAAAAUCUCAUAGUGCUGUCUCUGCCAUUGUGUAACCUUGAUUAUAAGGUGAUCACACUUUCCAAAAUCCAUCAGCUUGUUAGCUGUUUUCCAAGACUUCAAGAGCUCUGUUUGGAUUUUCAAAAUUGCAAGUUCCCAACAGAAUCGAAUGAGAACGACUGCUUGAUCUUUAACAGCUUCCCCAGCCUCAAGACUCUUACAUUAUCACAAAUAAAUCUUGGUAGACAUGUGGUGUUUAUAUCUUGUAUGGGUUCACAAUAUGAAAUAUAUUUGAUAAAGCAUUUACUUGCUUGUUCCCCUUUGCUAAAGAAGAUGGCAAUUCAUUCCGUCUCAUCUAUGUCGUAUGCUGGAAAGUUGAAGGUUGCUACUACAUUGUUGAAGCUUAAUCGAGCCUCCCACACAGCCAUAGUGGACUUCAACUAG